AUUAAUGCCUGCAUUAUCAUUUCUGCAAUAAAACAGAAAGCUAAGUGGUGGAGGCCACGGACACCUCAAACCUGGAUUCCACAAUUCUACAUUAAGUGCUGGAGUUUUUAUCACUCUGCUGUAGGAAAGCCUUUGCCAAUGCUUACAAGGAACUGCUUAUCCCUGCUUCUCUGGGUCCUGUUUGAUGGAGGUCUCUUAACACCACUUCAACCACAGCCACAACAGACUUUAGCCACAGAAUCAAGAGAAAAUGUUAUCCAUCUGCCAGGGCGACGCUCACACUUCCAUCGAGUUAAACGUGGCUGGGUAUGGAAUCAGUUUUUUGUGCUGGAAGAAUACAUGGGCUCUGAGCCGCAGUAUGUGGGAAAGCUCCAUUCUGACUUAGAUAAGGGAGAGGGCACGGUUAAAUACACCCUCUCAGGAGAUGGCGCUGGCACUGUUUUCACCAUUGAUGAGACCACAGGGGACAUCCAUGCAAUAAGGAGCCUGGAUAGAGAAGAGAAACCUUUCUAUACCCUCCGUGCUCAGGCUGUGGACAUAGAAACCAGGAAGCCCCUGGAACCUGAAUCUGAAUUCAUCAUCAAAGUACAGGAUAUUAAUGAUAACGAGCCAAAGUUUUUGGAUGGACCUUAUGUUGCUAGUGUUCCAGAAAUGUCUCCUGUGGGUGCAUAUGUGCUCCAGGUCAAGGCCACGGAUGCAGACGACCCAACCUAUGGAAACAGCGCCAGAGUUGUUUACAGCAUACUUCAGGGACAACCGUAUUUCUCUAUUGAUCCCAAGACAGGUGUUAUUAGAACAGCUUUGCCAAACAUGGACAGAGAAGUCAAAGAACAAUACCAAGUACUCAUCCAAGCCAAGGAUAUGGGAGGACAACUGGGAGGAUUAGCUGGGACGACAAUAGUCAACAUCACCCUCACUGAUGUCAAUGACAAUCCACCACGGUUCCCUAAAA